AUGGAUGAAAACAAAAAUUACAAACUCAGUUCAACUUUACUGGGACAUGAGCAAGAUGUCAAAGCAUUGGCAUUCGUUGAAAUUGACAAUAAAAAGUUUUUAGUAUCAUCACUGAGAGACUCAACAACUAGACUAUGGCAAAAUCUUAAUACUUCACAAGCAGAUUCCUCAAUUAUAUUCAAUUCUCCUUCUAAACCAUUCAUUAACUCAGUAGCUAUAAUUAAUGAUGGAAAGGAACCAUUAGUAGCUAGUGGUGGCCAAGAUGCAAUGAUAUAUUUAAAUGAUUUAUUGCAACACGACAUUGAUCCAGAUGGCAAAUAUCAACUAAUUGGUCAUGAAGGUAAUAUCUGUUCUUUAUCUUAUGAAAAAAAUGAAUUGAUUUCGGGCUCUUGGGAUGCGACUGCUAUUGUUUGGGAUUUGAAGAAUUUUGUACCGAAAUUUAUAUUAAAAGGUCAUGAAUCUUCUGUUUUGGAUUGUAAAGUUUUAGGUGAAGAUCAAUAUUUGACAUGUUCGGCAGAUAAAACAAUCAUUUUGUGGAAAGGAAAUAAACAAGUUAAACAAUUCAAGAGCCAUCAAGAUGUAAUUAGAAAAUUAUUUGUUUUAUCAUCACAACAAUUUUUGUCAAGUUCAAAUGAUGGAACUAUAAAAUUAUGGGAUUUAAAGUCUGGAGAAGUUUUAAAUACAUUUUAUGGACACGAAUCGUUUGUUUAUGAUAUAUCAACGUUGAGUGACGAUCUUUUGGUAUCCACAGGUGAAGACAGAGCAAUAACAAUUUGGGACUUGAAGACAGGAAAUAUAAAGCAAAAGAUAACUUUACCAUGUAUAUCUGUAUGGUGUGUUGCUAGAUUGAAUGAUGGUGAUUUUGCUGUUGGUGGUUCAGACAAUAAAAUAAGAGUAUUCACAAAUUCCUUGAGUAGAGUAGCAUCAGAUGAAGAACUUGCAGAGUUUAGAAAACUGAUCGAAUCAUCUUCAAUAGCCGAACAAUCUGUAGAGAAUUUGAAAAAGACAGAUGUUCCAGGUUAUGAGGCUUUAAAUAAACCAGGAAAACAAGAAGGAUCAACAAUUAUGGUUAAAAGCCCAGCUGGUCAGAUUGAGGCUUAUCAAUGGUCAGGAGGUGAAUGGAUCAAGGUUGGAGAUGUUGUUGGAUCUUCAGCUUCAAAUAAGAAACAAUCUUACCAAGGAAAGGAAUAUGAUUAUGUUUUUGACGUUGAUAUAAAAGAUGGUGAACCUCCAUUGAAAUUACCAUAUAAUAUAACAGACAAUCCAUAUGUAGUUGCAGAAAAUUUUUUGGCUGAUAAUGAAUUACCUUCAAGUUACACCCAAGACGUUGUUCAAUUUUUGGAAAAGAAUACUGCGGGAGUCAGUAUUGAAGAAAGUCAGCCAUUAACCGAUAACAGAGUAUUAGACCCAUAUUCGGAUGCUUAUGUUAGACAAAGUAAUCUUAAAGUUAUACCAGCAAAAUCGUACAUUUUCUUUAAAGAUUUUAAAUUGGAACAAAUAAUGAAUGGUUUAAAGAAGUUGAACCAAUCCCAAGAAUCUUCUGUGCAAUUAUCAGACCAAUCUAUUCUGACUAUUGAGAAUUACUUAUCAACACUAAACUCCAAACAAGCAUUCGAUAUAAUUACUGGAUACGCUAAACAAAUUAUUCAAGAUUGGAAUGUAUCAUCAAAAUUAAUUGGGUAUGAUUUAUUAAGAAUUUGUAUUCCAAAAGUAACCACUGCAGAUUUACUUAGAUCUACAGAUGCUGCAAAAAUCAUUUUAGAUUCUAUACAUACCGGUCUAAUUGGUUCCAGCAACUAUUCAAUAUUAAUGAUGAUAAUUAAAAGUUUAAUUAAUUUGAUUGACAAUACUUUAUUUGUUCAAUUGUUCAUUGAUCCUACAGAUGAUGGCAAACACUAUUUGUAUAAUUCGAUUUUCAAAGAUUUAUUGACUAAAUUGACGGCAUUAAUAAAAGACUCAAAUUCAAAUGCUAAAUUAUACACUACAACCAUGAAUACAAUCGCAACUUUUAUUUAUGAUUUAUCCGUCUAUCAAUUAACAACAAAAGGUCUUAAGGAAAAUUCUCAAGUUUCUGCUAAGCCGGUGUUAGAAUUUCUUGAUAAUGUAGGGGAACAAAUUAUUAAAUCAUCUAGUGAAGCUGCUUAUAGAUCAAUUGUUGGUUAUGGUAAUUUUAAAUACUCCAAAGCUAUUAUAGAAGGAAGUAAAUAUCCUAGUUGGAUAAUUGAAGCUGGUUCAAUGUAUUCUGGUGAAUCUGAAUCAAGAUUUUAUGAGCUAGCUUCUGAUUUACAAAAUUUAUCGAAUUUUAAGUAG